AUGGCGUUUCUACGUGCUGCACAUCCAUGGGAUGGCUAUGACCAGAAACUGUACGAGAGUGUUCUCGACUACAGGGAAUGCGAAAAACAAUUGAAGUUACUAUCCAAUAGUACAGCGGUUCUGCCAUUUAUCGAUGCAACAGCGAAACUCCCCAGCGGCAUCCUCUCACUCAAUGUUAACGAUUAUGGUGAUUAUUACCAAUGUCUCCAAAUCGACAACCAAGUGGAGGACAUGCAUUUGGAGGGGAAGUACUGCUUCAUCGUGGUGCCGUUCAGCCAGAAUAUAUCGGUGCCAGGUUGGAUGAGCAUGGGGGGGAAGAUGUCCAAGUUCACUUUCAGCGCUGUGGGGCGAUCCUUGUCCGAAUCGGCGACAGCCAGCACGGAUGAGUUUCUGAAGAGCUACCUGGCUCCCAGGAAUGUUCAGAAAUUCACAUCCAAUGCGACGAUCAGCAGAGCCGCCUUAAGAUUGGGUGUAUGUAUACCUAAAGUGUGUAAUAUAGACCAAGUUAAUGAUUUCAUUACACCACCGAUACCGAUUCCAAAAGUAGAGUAUUUGAGCGGGCCUUGCCGCUUACCCGGGGACAAAAUGUACACGAUUGCUGAUUACGUCACUUUUGGAAUAUUUGGUACAAUACUUCUCUUGACGAUACUAAGCACUUGCUACGAUCUAUUCCAAGUGUUCAUUCGCAGAAAAUCUAAGGCACCCAACCGUCUUUUUACCAUGAUGUCUAUAUACACGAACACGAAGCGCCUUCUCAAAUUUUUGCCGCCAAAAUAUUCCAUGGAUUGUGUUGAUGGCAUUAGGGCUAUAUCAAUGAUAUGGGUGAUGUGCGGCCACGCGUAUGUCUUCGAAUUGCUCUCUCCUGCGCAUAAUCUAUUAGACAUGAUCGAGUGGACAACACACCUCACCAGCACUUGGAUAAACACAGCUCCCAUGGUCGUGGACACGUUUUUCAUGCUGACUGGAUUAUUCUGUGUUUAUACUUUACCUAAUAGAAUAACUGCAAAACGGUUCCUAAAAUCGAUUCAUAUAUUCUAUCUCUAUCGAUAUUUCCGAACUCUCCCCGUACUCGUCGUCGCUAUUCUCAUCCAAGCUUCCAUCAUCCACUGGAUCGCUGAUGGCCCGGACUGGGACAGAAUCUCGUACGCCGUGGUCUGCUGCAGGAAUCGCUGGUGGGCCACUGUGCUUCACGUCCAGAACAUAAUAGAACCAACGGCUGUGUGCGUAUUUCAAUCCUGGUACCUUACGGUGGACACCCAACUCUACUUCCUCAGUCCAUUCAUCAUUGUCUUUCUCCUGAUGUCCAAAGCCAUAGCCUGGUUUGUCCUGGGUGUGUCUUUUGUUAUAUCAAUAGUCACUCUGGCCUAUUAUGUUUAUUACUACAAAUAUCCGUCUGUCCUUAACGGUCUUUGGUAUUCACAACAAUUCUUCGAAUAUUAUGUGAAUUUCUACGCAAACACUGCAACGCGAGCUUCCCCCUUCAUUGUUGGGUUGAUGGUUGGUUAUAUUCUGUGGUUGAAUCGAGAGAAAGGAUUGUUUUUAUCUAAGGUAUGUAUUACACUACAGCAGCGGGCGGCUAGAGAGACAUUAAUGGGCGAAUGUCCAUCAAUGCCGGGUUGUGGAAGACUUUCCUGA